AUGAGGACCAUUGAGGAGACAAGGAAGAGAUGGGAGACACUGUUCCUUGGCCAUGACACCCCCUCCGACCUGCGGGCGGCAUUGCGUGCGGAGCAAGGAGGAAAGCUGUGCACCGACGGGCUGAGGUCGAUCUGCUGGAAGGUCUUUCUGCUAUUCGAUAGCGUCGAGCGCGAACAAUGGUCCCAGAAGCUAGCCGAGUCGCGCGAUGCGUACAGCGCCUUGCGUGCCCAUUUUCUGAAAUAUGUCGAGCACCCCGAUGAUUUGGAGUCAACAGUCGAUCCGCUGGCGGACGAUGAGGAGUCUCCCUGGCAAACCCUCCGGAAUGAUGAAAAGCUACGAGCCGAAAUUGUACAGGAUGUCGACCGUUGCUUGCAGGAGAAUUUCUUUUUCCAAGAGCCCUCGACGAAACAGAAAUUGACUGAUGUCUUGUUUGUUUACUCCAAACUAAAUCCGGACGUCGGCUACAGGCAAGGUAUGCACGAACUGUUGGCUCCCAUUCUGUGGGUCAUUGAUCGGGACUCGGUCGAGCGUCCAGCUCAAGGUACAUCAAGCUCUAGUGCUCAAGAAGACGGCCUGAUGCUGGAUCUCCUGGAUACCAGCUUCGUAGAGCAUGACUCCUUUACGCUGUUUCUCUGCGUCAUGCAGACAGCUCGCAUAUACUACGAGCACGGCGAGAGAAAGUCUGCAAAUGGCCAGGCGGAUGUCAUUCCGAUUGUCACCAGGUGCCAAUACCUCCAUCAAGAGGCUCUGACAAUAAUCGAUCAUGAAUUGGCAGACCACCUUCACACAGUGGAGGUGCUUCCACAGAUAUUCUUGACUCGGUGGAUGCGCCUGCUGUUUGGAAGAGAAUUCCCUUUCGAUGAUGUCCUUGAGAUGUGGGAUCUACUGUUUGCACAUGGGCUACGAUCUGAUCUUGUCGAUUUCACAUGCAUUGCAAUGCUGCUUCGCAUUCGCUGGCAAUUACUCGCGGCAGAUUACUCUAGUGCAUUGUCAAUGUUACUCCGCUAUCCUCCUUCUGAGCCACACUCACCCCAAGCCUUUGUGCAUGAUGCACUCUACCUUGAACAAAACCCGACAGCGGAGCGGGGCAGUUUCCUUAUCUCAAAGUACUCGGGCAGGUCCCCCGAGUCAUCCAAGCGUCGCAGCCGCUCCGGUAUCCGGCCAGCCAUGAGGGCCCAGCUCUGGGAGGAUUUCAAGGGCCGCAGCGAAAGCAAUUCCCCAGGUUCCUCGCCCGCAAGGAAUAGUCCUAAGAGUUUGGAGGCACUGUUUCAAGAUGUUUCCCAAGGAAUUCAACGCCGUACCGAAUCUUGGGGCGUAGCUAAAGCAGUCCGAGGGGCCGUUACAGAAGCUCGGAAGAACAUGCAGACCAUGCAUUAUGAACCAGGUCCUCGGUAUAAUGUCGCACGUACAAAGCCUGUCUCUACCAUGGCCGUCAAAGGCGUGUCGCAAAGACCGACGCCUACCGAGCUUGGGUUACAAACAAAGAUCGAUCGACUUGAAGAAAGGAACCAUGAAUUAGCAACUAUCUUGAAUGAGGCCUUGAAGGAUCUCCGUAUGCAGCUAGACACGGUGAAGGACACGGAUAAAACUGCCAACGAUACCGUCAAAUACGCUCUCGAUCGAGUCCAGUCAGUGCAGAGCUGCCUCGAGGACUCCAUGCUCCCCCUUCCAGUCCGAAGUACUUCGCAUGCCACUGCUGUAGAUCAGGUAUUACCUGAAACAGCACCAUCAGUAUCAGAACCAGCCAGCCACAUCGAAACUCCAGAUGUGGCUGAGAAGCAGGAUCAGCAAGAUGCACGACCACCUCUUCCGGUGGAUGCCCCCAAAUCGAGCAUGAAUAGUGCAACCGCAAAGGCUGCCAGCGUGACCACAACCAGUGCGACGACCACCGACGGGCAUACGGAUUUUGGGCGGGAAGGCCCGCGGGCGGCAGUGCGACCAUCACUAUCGGAUUCAGGCUUCUCCUGGAUGUUGGGAGGCAAUCGAGGUCUUUCGACUUUUGUUAGUCCGGCCUCGGUGCCCCCGGAGCAGACACGACAUCCGGAACCGCCUCGCAGCAAAGGUGGCAGUCCUCUUUUCGGCAACCACGGAGAUGAGAAACCCAGGGCAGAUGAAGCUAAGCACGAUGAACUAGCACUGCACAGUCUGUCUGGUGCUCGAGGGCCGCUGUAA